CGGGCGGAAGUGCGGCGCGCGGCCGGCGGAGGCAAAGGGAAAGGAAAUGAAGACUCUGAUGAACAAAUGAUUUCUGGGAAUUCGCAGACUAGAGAGAAUAUUCUGCUGCUGAAAUUUGCCAAGAACUAAGAUGCUCUGGUUUCAAGGAAAUAGCAUGCAAGUUGCCAGAUCCUUUGGACUUUUCUUGAGAAAUCUCUCUGCCUCUAAGACAUCUCUGCCUGUGUUGACCCUAUUCACAAAGGAUCCAUGCCCCCUGUGUGAUGAUGCUAAAGAACUACUCAAGCCUUAUAAAAACAGGUUUGUUUUACAGGAGGUGGACAUCACCCUUCCCGAAAACUCUGCUUGGUAUGAGAGAUACCAAUUUGACAUUCCUGUCUUUCAUUUGAAUGGCCAGUUUCUCAUGAUGCAUCGUGUAAACAUCUCAAAACUUGAAAAACAGCUCCUGAAACUCGAGCAGCAAGGUGCUGGAUGCUGACUCAUGCCUACAUGGUUUUCCACCCUCUGUGUCCAUAAGGCACCUGCCUGAGGAAAUGAUCAUGGCCUGGUACUCCUUUUGUCAGUUUCACAGAGCCCUCACUGUUGCCAUUCCUCCUCUGACUGAUGGAAGUACUGUGUGGGAAUUGUUUAUUUAUGGGCCUUUUAUAAAAUAGAUUGUCUUGGAAGGGAGGAGGAUGACAGAGGGAGGGGAAAACCCUUUUGUUUUAUUUAUUUUUCUCUUUUGUGUUAAUAUGGAAGCACCUCUCAUGAACUGGACAGUGCUGUUUAUAGGAAAAGGCUCUCCAAAUUCCUGCUGCUUCCCUGAAGGGUUUAGCUUUUUAAUGAAAGAAUAAGUACUCUUCCACUCAGUAGACAAAGUGAAAUGUAAAUCGUUAAUAACUGUGCACAGUCAAUAAAGGGGUGUUUUAACAAAUACAUCUGCAUGAAUCCUA